UUCUCCCCUUGCCUUCCUCCAAAAUGUCCUUUGGCGGCUCGGCCUUUGGGGCCAGCACGACAGCGGCGCCCGGAAGCACGACGAUCUUUGGCCAAUCGACCGCGUCAAAGCCAGCUGGAUCGUUGUUUGGUUCAACUCAACCGACCACUUCGACGUUCACUGGGUUCGGCCAACCGCAACAGCAGCAGCAGACUCAGCAGCCAGCACAGGGAAUCUCGCUAUUUGGUGGUGGUCAGCAGCAGCAACAACCUACGACGUCAAUGUUUGGUCAACCAGCCAACACUCAGGCAGCACCUGGAACAUCACUGUUUGGUGGAACGACCCAGUCUCAGACGACACCUGGGACGUCUUUGUUUGGUGGUACGGCCCAGCAACCUCAACCUCAAGGUACUGGGACUUCAUUGUUCGGUGGAAUGACUCCCCAACCCCAAAGUACGGUCGGGACGUCGCUGUUUGGAGGUGCACAACAACAGCAGCAGCAACAACAACAACAGCCUCAGGGAACAACUGGGACGUCUUCGUUCGGCACAACGCAGCAACAGCAAUCUCAGCCCACGGCAGGAACGUCGCUGUUUGGUAGCACAGCCCAGCCCAGCGCACCCACCCAACCAACAACUGGAUUGUUCGGUGGCCAACAACCCGCCCAACAAGGUUUAUUUAGCAGCACUCUCCAGCCACAGCCGACGCUACCAGCUCUUGGCACUGGUUCUACGACAACGGGCCCGUCGCUUUUCGGAGUCCAACAGUCUAUUUCUCCAGUGCAACCCACUGGACAAGUACUCUUCUCGAGAUCUACGAAGUUCAAUGAUCUUCCUGAGGAUAUAAAGAAAAAAUUCGAAGCCCUCGAUGCACAUAUCCAUGGUCGCAUCCAGAUCAGCAACGAUCUCAAGCAACGCAAGCUUGGUCAGGAACCCACCAAAGGUCAAGAACUCAUUCGCGAAGUGCACAAGGAACUGCUGAGUGUCACGUCCAUGAUACAAGCAGAUGCCCAGUUCAUCCGAGAUCUCAAAGCUAAGACAGAACAAGCUGUUCAAGAUACUGUUGCUGCAAUUCCGCAUCAUAGAUGGCUUCAAGAGCCCACAGCAACACACCGUCUACUUGAAAAACUAUGCCUCGUUCCCGUUGGAGUGAGAAUUUCCACUAGAGCUGAUUCCAGUCGUGCUGAUUGGAUCCCGACCCCCAGGUUCUUCACUCGUAUGAGCAAAGAGAUGCAGGAACGCCUGCAGUGGUGUAAGAAUACGAUCGAGCAAAUCGAACGAAAACUGUCCUCAACAGUAACUCAACAGCAAAAUACCCCCCAAGCCAUCGCAUCUGCACUGCAAACCCAGCAUGCCGUAUUUGUGUCUCUUGCAGCCAAGACGGCCACGGUGGACGCUGAACUACAAAAGCUGAAGGCGCUGUACACACAGCUAUGGCGUGCGAGAACGGGGAGCGUGAGGGAUCCUUUCAACGAUCUCGAUCGAGGGAACGGGAGUGAUUUCGGGAUGGAGUCACUACAGGUAAAAUGAACUGCUUAUCUGUGGCCGUACAAGUUCUUCGGUCUGAUGAUGAUUUAGUUACGAGAUUUUGGUAAAUGACUGCUCUAUAUAUGUACAUACACAC